AUGGAAAUAACGGCGUUCAACGGGAGCCCGGUGACGAGGAGGUGGAGGAAGAGAGGAUACAACCGGCUCUCCCCGCCAAACCGGAGAAGCCUGAAAGUGGUGAGGCUGAACAGCUCAAAGCGGUCAUGGCGGCUGCGGCUGACCCCAAAGCUGCGGCUGGUGAGGCUGGCGUCGCCGAUGAAGCUGUGGUGCAGAUUCAAGAACGCGUACAUGAAGAUGAUGCUUAAAUUCGCCAACAUCGCAGGCACCUCGGGCGCAGCCGACACGGCCUUCGGCGCCAAGCGGAUCCGGGAUGCUCCCAUGGCGUAUUCGAGGACCGAGUUCGAGAACCGCCUCGUGCUCGAGAUUUAUAAGUCCAUGGUGGCUUCGCUUGAACUCGGCUACAACAAGUAG